AAGACUGCGGGUCGCCUACAGGUGGUAGGAGUCAGAAGUUUUGGAAGCCAGGAAGUGAGAAGUCCAGGGUCAGUGCAAAGCCGGAGAGGAAGAUGGUGAAGCAAACCAUCCAGAUUUUCGCGAGGGUGAAGCCCCCUGCCCGGAAGCAGCAACAAGGGAUUUAUUCCAUAGAUGAAGAUGAAAAAUUAACAGCUAGUUUGGAAAUUAUCGUACCACGUGAUUUGGCAGACGGGUUUGUGAACAAUAAGCGAGAAAGCUACAAAUUUAAAUUUCAAAGGAUUUUUGAUCAGGAUACAAAUCAAGAGGCCAUUUUUGAACACAUUGCCAAACCAGUUGCUGAGAGUGUCCUGGCAGGUUACAAUGGCACGAUCUUUGCGUAUGGGCAAACAGGCAGCGGGAAGACAUUCACCAUCACAGGUGGGGCUGAGCGAUACAGCGACAGAGGCAUUAUCCCAAGGACGCUGUCGUACACUUUUGAGCAGUUACAAAAGGACAGCAGCAAAAUAUAUACAACACACAUUUCCUACUUGGAAAUCUACAAUGAGUGUGGUUAUGAUCUAUUGGAUCCAAGACAUGAAGCCUCCAGUUUGGAAGAUUUGCCGAAAGUGACAAUACUGGAGGACCCUGACCAGAACAUUCAUCUGAAAAACCUCUCUCUUCAUCAGGCAACCACAGAGGAAGAAGCUCUGAAUUUGCUUUUCUUAGGAGACACUAACAGAAUGAUUGCAGAGACCCCUAUGAACCAAGCUUCAACUCGUUCCCACUGCAUUUUCACGGUUCAUUUAUCAAGCAAAGAACCAGGAUCUGCAACUGUCCGACAUGCCAAGCUCCAUUUGGUUGACCUGGCUGGUUCAGAGCGAGUUGCCAAGACUGGAGUAGGCGGCCAGCUUCUAACAGAGGCCAAGUAUAUCAACCUGUCACUACAUUACUUAGAACAGGUCAUCAUUGCCCUUUCAGAAAAACACCGUUUACAUAUUCCUUAUAGGAACUCCAUGAUGACCAGUGUCCUAAGAGACAGUUUAGGAGGGAACUGCAUGACAACUAUGAUUGCAACGCUUUCUUUGGAGAAAAGGAAUAUUGAUGAGUCUAUAUCUACCUGCAGAUUUGCACAACGAGUGGCACUCAUAAAGAAUGAAGCUAUUCUUAACGAAGAAAUUGAUCCCAGAUUGAUGAUCCUACGCCUACAAAAGGAAAUCCAGGAACUGAAGGAUGAACUGGCUAUUGUCACUGGGGAACGGAGGACAGAGGCACUCACAGAAGCAGAGCUCCUUCAGUUGGAGAAACUAGUAACAUCCUUUUUGGAAGACCAGGAUCCAGAGAGUAGACUAGAGGUUGGUGCUGACAUGCGUAAAAUUCAUCACUGCUUUCAUCACUUAAAGAAACUACUGAAUGACAAGAACAUCUCUGGAAAGAGUAUAGCUUCCUCUGAAAUCAAAAAUCAAGAGUGCCAAGAAGCUUUAAAAGGGGAAGAAUACAAAAAGCUACAAGAUGUCUUAAAGCAGAGAGAUAAUGAAAUCAAUAUUCUGGUCAACAUGUUAAAAAAGGAGAAGAAGAAAGCUCAGGAUGCUCUCCACUUAUCUAGCAUGGAUAGGAGUGAUUUCAGACACUCCCCGAGCUCACCCUUCCCCCCUGGGGCACCGGAAGGUCGGAGGACAUUGGUCUCCUCACCACCCGUGCAGGUCCCGGACUUCAGCACUUUUGGACACAGAUCCAGUUUGCUUCACAAGAAAUCAGGGAUAAAAGAGGAAAUGUCAUUAGGACGCCAGGAGGCUUUUGAAAUCUUCAAGAGGGACCAUGCUGACAGCGUUACCAUUGAUGACAACAAACAGAUUUUGAAACAGAGAUUUUCUGAAGCAAAGGCCCUGGGAGAAAGUAUAAAUGAAGCAAGACGUAAAAUCGGUCACCUGAAGGAAGAAAUCACCCAGCGGCACAUUCAGCAGGUUGCUCUCGGAAUCUCAGAAAACGCAGCCCUGCCUUCAACACCAGACCUGCAGGAAGAGAAGCUGCGAUCACAACUGGAGGAAGAAAAGAGAAGGUAUAAAACCAUGUUCACUCGCCUGAAAGCCCUGAAGGUGGAGGUCGAGCACCUGCAGCUGCUCAUGGACAAAGCCAAGGUGAAGCUGCAGAAAGAGUUUGAAGCCUGGUGGGCAGAGGAGGCCACCAGCCUGCAGGUAAACUCUCCAGUGGUGAAUUCACUGAAUCCCAUGAAGCCAGUUCCCCAGAUGUCUGAAUCCCAACAGGAACGGGCCCAGCUCCUGUCUAACAGAAGUGACGUAAACUACAGGAAAAUCCUGCCUUCACCUUGCCCCAGCCCACACCGCCAGGAACAGAGCAGCACCAGGGCCCACCUGGAAGACAGCAUUCCCGAGAGCCCGAUGUCAUCCAUCCCUCUCACUGGGGACAGCCAGACGGACUCCGACAUCCUGGCGUUCAUCAAGGCCAGACAGAACGUCUUGCAGAAGAAAUGUUUGGGAAGCAACUGAAUCUCAACUAGAGUUCAGCCGCCCAUUCUGCCAGCAAAAAAGAAGACAGAUGAAGGCACCACUGCUCAUGCGCUCUGGCUCCCGAAGUGGUCUACGGGCUGCUGGAGUAGCUAGUGACCAUUCGUCCAUGGAGGGGGGUGUGUUUCUGUAAGGACGAUGCCUGGAGGCCGCCAGAGAGGCUGGGCCAGGGCUGAUGGUGACAUCCUUCCUGUGGUUUCUGGAGCUGCCGGAAGUCUGGGAAAUGCCAGGGUGCUAGGGCAGGCUGAGGGCCUUGCUCACCCCUGUAGUGCUGUCUCGCUAGGUAAGCCGUUGGGCUCAGGAAGUACUACCGUCCUAAUGUAGUGACAGAGGAUGCUCACAGCGGUGCAGUGUGGGGGUUGGGGUGACAAUCGGUUAUUUUUAGCUAUUUGCCAACCCACUCUCCUGGUCUGUCCCCUGGUUUAGAAGCCCAGCGAUGACUGUAGUAGGCCAGGUAGGGUAUCUGAGCCACUGGCGAGGCAUUGGAAUGCAGAGCACCUUGAGGGCCAAUCCUGGUCUCCCAGACCAAAUCUUCCACCAUCACCCUCAUGGUCUGGAUGGCCUGUAGCCAGAGCCAGCACCAUCCACGUCUCCAGGAAACUGUCUACCCUGCAGAGUCCAGGGACGUCGCAACACCGAGAACAGAGGACAAUUCCCACAUACUCUGCAGAGCAUACAAGAGGGGACAAUGUGGGCACCUCGGGCCUCCCAGCCUUCACUCUGCCACCCAGGGUGCUGCAGGAUUUGGGUCAAAACUACCAGCUUCCACGGGGAAAACAUCAUUGUCCAGGGCUCUCAGUGAGCCCUCUCAACACUCUGGCCUCCCUUGGUGACACCGACAACCCUGCUAGAAGGCCCUUGGGGAAUCACCUGUGUCGGGGUGAGCCAAGCUGCACUGGGUCAGGAGGGGAACAGCACCUAAAAAGGAAGUUAACCGAAUAAAGUGCUUGCCCACC